ACUCAAAACCCAAAUCUCUAAGUCUGCCUCUUUCUCUCUCACCAAAUCCGCAGCCUCUGUCUUAGCUCUGGGUUUCUAGAGAGAGAAAGUGAAGAGUGCUCUUCACUCAUUCUCUCUGUCAAGCCUGAGUCCGCAGAGACCGAGCGCAAGAGAGUGACUUUAAUGCGAAUCUUUUCUGGGGUUUGAUCUCCAGAUCCUGUGCGUGCGUGCCCUAAUUUCUCGCCCGCGUAACGGUCAUCUACGCCCGCCGCCAUUUGAGUUCUCCAAUGGUGUUUCUGGGUUUCAUAUUUCCUGAUGGAUCUCUGUGACUGAUAAAAAAAAAAAAAAAGAGUUCUUGUUCCUGUUGGAGAAAGCAAGGCGGAACCGGAAAAGCAAGAAUUUAGAGCGACUGCUGUAACCGUCCUUUUGAUUUUUGUGGGUUUUUCCCCGGAGGAGAAAGGUUGAAGGGCUGUGGAAAAGGGGAGAGAUGCUGACGUGUAUUGCGUGUUCGAAGCAACUAAACGCCAACAAUGGCGGAUCUAAUCAUGACAAGGAACAAGAAGAAGACGAAGGAGUCAUUGGGACGCCCAGGACAAAGCACGCGAUUAAGUCUCUGACGUCUCAGAUUAAAGACAUGGCUAUAAAGGCUUCAGGUGCAUACAAAAAUUGCAAACCAUGUUCUGGGUCAUCAAACCGGAAUCACAACGGGAAUUACGCUGAUUCGGAUGCUGCUUCGGAUUCUGGAAGGUUCCACUAUGCGUACCGUAGAGCCGGGAGUGCAAGCUCGACACCGAGGAUUUGGGGGAAGGACAUGGAGGCCAGAUUGAAAGGGCUUUCGAGCGGAGAAGGAACGCCGACAUCCAUGAGUGGUCGGACAGAAUCCAUAGUGUUCAUGGAGGAGGAUGAGCCUAAGGAGUGGGUUGCACAAGUCGAGCCCGGCAUCCUCAUCACAUUCGUAUCAUUGCCACAAGGAGGCAAUGAUCUCAAGCGGAUUCGGUUCAGUCGUGAAAUGUUCAAUAAGUGGCAAGCUCAGAGGUGGUGGGCAGAGAAUUACGACAAAGUCACGGAGUUAUACAAUGUUCAGCAGUUUAAUCAGCAAAGCUUCCCACUUCCAACUCCUCCUCAAUCCGAAGAGAGCUCACGGAUUCAGUCUACCAAGGACAGUCCCGUAACUCCACCUCUUAACAAAGAACGUCCUCGUAACAUUCCGGGAAAAGGGUACUCCUCAUCCGACUCUCUGGAUCACCAUCCGACCCGAAUCCGUCAGUGCUAUGACUCUACUACUAAUGGCAUUGCCUCGACACCGAAACUCUCCAGCAUCAGUGGCGGGAACAAGACCGAGACAUCGUCGGUUGAAGGUUCUGUAAGAAGUAGCUCGUCGAGGGAAGGAGAGCCCUCAAUCAGUAAUGCCAGUGACAUGGAAAACGAAUGGGUGGAACAGGAUGAGCCGGGCAUCUACAUAACUAUCAGAGCUCGCCCCGAUGGCACCCGCGAGCUCCGACGCGUUCGCUUCAGUCGGGAGAAGUUCGGGGAAACGCAUGCGAGGUUGUGGUGGGAGCAGAACAGAGCUCGGAUUCAACAGCAGUACUUGUGAUGCCCACUCCUUCACCUCUCUCACACACACAGACCAGAGACAAGAUUUUUACUUUGAAUUGAAAGUGAGAAAGCCACACAUAGAGCUAACCCUUUGUUUCUACUUUGUUUGUUUCAUAUGCAACACUACUUUGAUAGUUGGUGACUGUGGAUCUCUCUCCUGUUAUUUUUCUUUUCUUUAUAUAUAUAUAUAUAUAUAUAUAUUAAUAAUCACAAUUCGGGGGGUUGAUGUUUGAAUCA